GGACAGUCACGCCCCCUCAAAGACGUUAACUCCUCUGCGGUGAUUAGUUCUGAUCUUUUCUGUCGAUCAGGCUUCCACCUCAAAUACAAUAAACCCCCUUCAUACUUCCUUCUUGGAUCAACACCAACCUCUUUUAUCUAUCCCCCUCCAUCAACAUACAUCGCUGCCUUGCGACGCGACUGACAACAACCACACGUGUAUCGCACGGUCAACAACCAAUAACAACAAAAUAUGUCUGCCACAGGAGAGCCAGCAAGUGGCACGUCCACGCCACCGAAUGGCGCCGAGAAGCACACUGAUACGGGCGCCGACUACGGCAAGAUCAAGGUCAUGAACUUUCGGGUUCUGAUUAUGGGCCUGCUCAUUUCACUCGGUGGUUUCAUCUUCGGAUGGGAAGGUGGAGCCAUCUCGGGUUACACACAGAUGGACAACUUCAAGAACCGCUUCGGCGAUGUUGAUGACGACGGCAGCUUGAGUCUCGGCAACGUGCGGCAGGGUCUCAUGGUCGGCAUGCUCUGUGUCGGCUGUCUGGUCGGUGCCCUCGCCUCCGCUCCCAUUGCUGACAGGUUCGGCCGGAAAUACUCCAUCACUUUCUGGAACCUCAUCUACAUCGUCGGCAACAUCGUGUGCAUCACUACCCAGUACCAAUGGUACCAGGUCGUCAUUGGCCGUCUCAUCGACGGAUUCGGCAUUGGUGCGCUGUCCGUCCUGACGCCCAUGUACCAGUCCGAGACGGCGCCUCGCCAGGUCCGUGGUGCCCUCGUCUCGGCCUACCAGCUGUUUAUCACCCUCGGCAUCUUCGUCUCCUACUGCGUCAACUACGGCACCGAGGCCAUCCAGUCUCCCUCUUCGUGGCGUAUCACCAUGGGCAUUGGCUUCAUUGCCCCCACCAUCAUGGCCAUUGGCAUGCUUGUCAUGCGCGAGUCUCCUCGCUGGGAGUUCCGCCGUGGUGGAGAGGCUGAGGCCCUCAAGACCCUGGCCCUCGUCGCCGGGGUGGACGAGAACCAUCCCGAGGUCCAGCACGCCCUUCACGACAUCCGGGAGAGCCUCGAGGCCGAGCAGGCUGGCGGCGAGCAGAAGUGGUACGAGGUCUUCACUGCCCCCGCCAUGAUGCGUCGUGUCCUCAUCGGCAUGGCCCUGCAGGCCCUGCAGCAGCUCACCGGUGCCAACUUCUUCUUUUACUACGGUACCGAGAUCUUUGAUGCUGUCGGUAUCUCCAACUCGUUCGUUACUUCCAUGAUCCUGGGCGCCGUCAACGUCUUCUCCACCUUUGGUGGUCUGUACGUCGGUCAGAAGUUCGGCCGCCGUAUCUCCAUGAUGCUCGGUGGUCUCUGGAUGUUCGCUUGGCUCAUCAUCUUCGCCUCCCUCGGCUCCUUCGCCUUGUACCCCGAUGGUAACGCUGGUGACGCCAACGCUCGGACCAGUUCCAGCGUUGGUUCCGCCAUGAUUGCCUCCGCCUGUCUGUUCAUUGUUGGUUUCGCCGUCACUUGGGGUCCCCUCGUCUGGGCCAUCGUCGGUGAGAUGUUCCCCUCGCGCUACCGUGCUGUGGCCAUGGGUCUCUGCACCGCCGCCAACUGGCUGUGGAACUUCCUCAUCUCCUUCUUCACUCCCUGGAUCACCGGCGCCAUCGGCUACCGCUACGGCUACGUGUUUGCCGGGUGCUGCUUCCUGGGUGUUCUGAUCACCUUCUUCUUCGUCAACGAGUCCCAGCAGCGCUCCCUCGAGGAGGUUGACUCCAUGUACAUCCUCGGCGUCGUCCCAUGGAAGAGCAAGAGCUGGAAGCCCCUCGAGGACCCCGUCAACUCGGAUAACCUGCACCUGGCUCCCGGUGGCCGUCAAUUUGCCAAGCCUGAGGUCCCGGGUGCUGGUCACGUUGACAACAACGCUGGUCCCGUCGAGUCUGCUUGAAAGACAAAAGAAAGAAAAGGGCAGGCACCAAGAAUCAUGUCUGAAUGAUACAAUGAGAGGAGAUGGACAUGAUUAGAAAGAAAGUGACCCUGGAAACCGUCAUACUGAGCUGACAAAAGGGAGCAUCGCUUUCGCGUAACUCGCUCCUGUUGCUCACGGGGGACCAGACAAGAUCACGACACGAGCACAUACGCAUAUAUGAAGGGAGGGGAAGGGGGAAAAUAAGGACGAGGGUCCUAGUUGACUUGUAUAUAUAGUUGGGUUAUUGGUCGGUGAACCCAUCACACUGCCUCCUGGGCGUUUUGCAUAUCAGAUACCCCCUACCGAAUGAUAUCUGACACAUAUUUUGUCACAAUGAUAAGCAAGAAUUUCUCGCUG